AUCCUUUCCAAGGACAGACAGACACAUACAAUUUUCUUUUUCGUUUUUGUGUCUGGUUUUUCAAUUGGACAACAACUAGUUGGAAUUGUUGGUAACAUGUUCAAAAUGCUUCCUUGGCGCCACUGCAAAUAGAUGCUGCUGCUCUUGCAUUUGCUGAUGCUGAUCUUACAACAGGUCGCGUUCAGUUGAAAAUGAAUAAUUUGGAGCACGUCAAGCACUUCUAUCCCGACAAUUACAAGUUAGAUCUCUCGGAAACAAUGAAGGCGGCACUGUCCAAAGGUGGCCCAGGGUCGAUUCCCGGCGGUGGCGGUGGUGAUAUGUUGCCUCAGUCGUCAGCUGGAAUGUCCGGCGUUGGCUAUGUCACCGAGAAACUCUAUAUGCUGUUGCAGCUCUACUUACAGAAUAAAGGAUGGAAUCCAAGUGCUGAGCUUUUGCAGUGCUUCAGCGAUCUAAAGGAUAAUGCAAUGUUGCCCAGUGCCGCCUAUUUGCAGGUUCUAGCUAACCGACUGACUCUGGAUUCGCAAGGACGCCUCAUAUUGCGCGAUAAUGGCAAGAUUGUGCUGCCAUUUGAACACUUUGCCAAUGCGGUCAUGCUGAAGCAUAUGUCCGGACCACAUGGCCUCCAUCUCAGUGUGGAUGCCACUGUGAGAGCUGUCAUUGAGUCGUAUACCAUUGGUCGCGAUCAUUUUGGCAUGGAAAAGGAAUUUAUUAUUGAGGUGGUCCAAUCGUGUCCCAGUCCGGCAUGUCGCUACUACAAGAAUCACAUGGGCAUAUCUCCUAUGCCCUUUAUGGAUCAACAGUAUUCCGGCGUUAAUACAACACCUGAUUUUCUUCAACGUCUCACCCACCUGCCGCCAAAUGCAACAGCAGGCGGUGUUUCAUCAACGGCAACAUCUGGAUCGGCAAAUGUUGAGAUUGAUCUAUCCAAAUCGAGUGGUUCCAAGCAGAUGCAACAAAUGCCACCUGUCCAUCAUUUAACCAAGCAGCAACAAAAUAGUCUUCAAUCUCAACUCUCACAACAACAGCAACAGCAGCAGCAGCAACAACAACAGCAGCAGCAACAGCAGCAGCAACAACAACAGCAACAACAACAACAACAACAGCAGCAGCAACAACAAGCUAAGCAUCAGCAACAGCUUACAGCCGCCCUAAUCCAACAACAAAAUCGAGUUCUUGCCCAGCAAAGCCUCGAGAAAUUGAGCAAUCUGAGUCCUUUGGAAAAACAGCGAGUUUUCGCUCAAUUAGAUCCCAAACACUUUGAUCCCAUGGCUGUUGCUGCUGCAGCAGCUAAUCUGCAAAUUCAAGGCCUAAUGCAGUCCCAAGCGGUAGCCGCUGCUGUGGCAGCGAAUCAACAACAGCAACAACAACAGCCACAAUUGCCUCCAUCAGCUACAAGCACAUCGUCUGCUUCAACUGGUAUUGGCUCAUCCUCGCAAUCGCAUAGUCAUGGUGUUCAUCAUGCAUUGCCGCCGCCAUCACAAUCUCCGCUAUCUGUGUCCUCGACAUCGUCUUCCUCGCACUCUUCGUCAUUGGAGCAGAUACCGCACAAAACUGUAACAGAUUCCAUGCGCACCAAUCUGGAUUCCAUUGAAUCGAAUAAAGAUCUUUUGGCUCUUCACAAUGGAGCCUGGGCCACCAAUGAUCCGAAUCGCCUAGAUCCCAUGACCGGUGGCCAGGACAAAAUUGUGCGUAUAUUCUCGGAAUUAAUGCGUAACAUGUCCCGUAUGAAGACAUACAUACGUCCGUCUAUGUGCAAGCCGUAUGGCAAACAGAGCGAGAGUCUUCAAAAGACUCUCAUGGACACAAUCCAGAUUGUGCAGACACUGCGGAAUUGCUUGCCGGCACCGCAUAUACCCGUCUCAUCAUGGAAAAGUGAAAGCGAGGGUAAUGUUCCUGGUGCAGUCAAUGUCGGAGUGGGUGUUCCUGCAGGCUUAAAUUUAAGUGCCGCUUUAGGUUUACCAUCAGGCCGUGUGGACAAUUUGCAUUAGAUGGGCAUGAAUAUUAGAAGCAUCCAUUAAAUUGGAUGAUCUACUUAGUAUUUACAUACAUAUAACAUAUAUAUAUAUAUAUACAUUCGUAUAUGAUUGAUUGGCAUAAAUGUUAAUCAUCAUAGGCUUCGCUCCUGUUUUCCGUUCUUUAGCAAUUUAUGUGCCAUGUUUAAAACAAGACUUGAUUUCAAUUUCCACUUUUGACUGACAUAUUUAGGACAUAUAUUUGCCGGGAUUGUGCAAAUAAGCUCUAGAGAAAUCCUGUUGGAAAUUUGUGCUAUCAACUUAUUAGAAGUGUUUCCUUUUUACAUUUGAUUUAAUUGCUCAUUUUCAUCUUGAGUUCGUUGGCAACAAACAAAAUUGACUAAACAAGAAGAGUGACAUGCUUUAGUUAAUGAAAUUGGCAAAACGUCUGUGAUAUUUAAAUUAUGUUUUGAAAGCAGCGCAAUACAAAAUUCUUUUCUUAAAUUAA